AUGUAGUCGAUUAUUACUCAAUGUCAAGAUUUAGAUGAGGAGUAUAGAUAGCUCGUUUAUGUAGUAAAUAACAUGUUGGACAAUCUGAGUAUAGUAAGUCUUGAGUUUGUCAAUUCAAAAUUAGAAGUUUUAGAAAAAUACUCAAACACUCUGAAGUCAAGUUAAAUUGAUGCUAGAAUCCAUAGAAACUCGUAAAUGAAGAACUUAAUCGAAUACAUUAAAAUGCAUACGAAAUCACAGGUGAAAUCCCUUGCAUAAUCUCCCCCAGCAAAGAUGGCACAUCAUCGUCCAAAAUAUUCAUUUAAUGAGAAGGCUUUUUCAAGCAUGCUUUAUCGUAGUAUAAAUCAGGUGACUCAACAAAAAACUCAAUAUAACGAUGAACUUGACUAGUCUGAAUAGAAGCCCACACUUAAAUAAAAAAACUUAAAUAUUUUAUAAAAUUUAAUUGGGAAAUAAAAGUUUGAUUAAAAGAGGGGGAGUGAAGAUAUGUUCAAUUUACUAUAAAAAUGCAUGCAACUAAUUUCUUAGAAGUAGGAGUUUUAUGAGGAGUAUGAAAAUUUGUAAAAGGAAUAUAAAGAAAUAGUUAAGAGCAACCAGAGUUUGUAAUACAAAGUGAAUCUUAAUUAAAAAUCAUCAAAAUUGAAGGAGAAUUUAUAUUAAUUAAUGGGGAGUCAUUAAUAAUUUAAAUCAUACCUCAAUUCAGUUAUUUGA